UUGUGAACAAUGUGAGCAUCAUGGCGGCCAGAGUGUUAGGUUUGAUCUUGCGUAAAAAUGCAGGAUUUUUCGGCACUGGCAAAUUGCUGGGACCGAAUAAUGCACCAGCAAUCACCAACGUCCAGCAUCGUAAUGCCCAUCAAUGGAAUCCGGACGCGGAGUACCUCAAGCAGUUCGAAAAGCCAGUUCUGUACUCCACGGAGAAGAUCGACUGGAUACCGCCGGACACAGUGUCCAUGCUGACUGUUCAUCCUCCCGUGGCGAAACAAACUAUACAAAACGUGAAGGUUAACUUUGGCCCACAGCACCCGGCCGCUCAUGGUGUUCUCCGGUUGAUCCUGGAGCUAGAUGGCGAAAUCGUGCUCAACGCCGAUCCGCAUAUCGGUCUUCUGCAUCGCGGCACAGAGAAAUUGAUCGAAUACAAGACCUAUAUGCAGGCGUUACCUUACUUCGACCGCUUGGACUAUGUCUCUAUGAUGUGUAACGAGCAGUGCUUCUCCUUGGCGAUUGAGAAACUGCUGAACAUAGAUGUACCUCUGCGUGCAAAAUAUAUUCGAGUUCUUUUUGGAGAAAUUACAAGAAUUCUGAACCACAUUAUGGGCAUUGGAACGCACGCAUUGGAUAUCGGUGCUAUGACGCCCUUCUUCUGGCUGUUUGAGGAACGAGAGAAGAUGAUGGAGUUUUAUGAGCGCGUGAGCGGCGCCCGUAUGCAUGCAGCUUAUGUACGACCCGGCGGUGUCUCCCUGGACCUACCGUUGGGUCUGAUGGAUGACAUAUAUGACUGGGCCUCUAAGUACUCUGCACGACUGGACGAGGUGGAAGAUCUAUUAACAGACAACAGAAUCUGGCGGCAGCGCACAACCAAUAUCGGUACUGUGACUGUAGAGAACGCACUAAAUUGGGGCUUUAGUGGCGUGAUGUUACGAGGCUCUGGAGUAAAAUGGGAUCUGAGGAAAGUUGCACCUUACGACGCUUAUCACUUAGUAGAUUUUGAUGUCCCGAUUGGCACAAAGGGCGAUUGCUUUGACAGAUAUCUAUGCCGUAUGGAGGAGAUGCGACAGUCGCUGCGUAUCAUCCACCAGUGCUUGAAUCAAAUGCCAGAGGGAGAAGUACGAUGCGAUGACGCCAAGAUUGUGCCACCGCGACGGGAAGAGAUGAAGAGUAGCAUGGAGGCGCUUAUCCAUCACUUUAAGUUGUUCACCCAAGGUUUCCAAGUGCCACCGGGAGCUACGUACACUGCUAUCGAGGCACCGAAAGGCGAGUUCGGCGUUUACCUCGUUAGCGAUGGCAGCAGCAAACCGUAUCGGUGCAAGAUCAAAGCACCAGGCUUUGCUCAUUUAGCGAGUCUACAGCACAUGGGGCCCAAGCACUUCCUCGCUGACAUAGUCGCUAUCAUUGGAACGUUGGAUGUCGUAUUCGGCGAGAUUGAUAGAUAAUUUCUUAACAAUUGAUAAUUUGUAUAGCGUAGAAAUUUAAAUUAAAAUAAGUUGUGUAAAAGCCUCUUUGUAUAUGUUACAAUAGGGAUUUACAUAUGUUAUAUAUAUUUAGGUAUUUACGAAGUCGAUAUAUUUACAUGUUAUACGCGUGUAAUAUUGCGUGUGUAAUAUGACUGUGCGAUGAGUAUGAAUAAAUAUUGUAUAUACAUAUAUAUCUUGUCGCAUAUAAUAAAAGGAUAUGUAACGAA